AUGGCUGCUCAAGGGCUCUUUGCUCGUUCCCCGCUCCUCGUUGGAGGGACCGCCGCGACUGCCUUGACCAUGGCUACGCUUCGGCCUGUGUAUGCGGAGGGCGAUGCCACUGCGAGUGGCAGCGUCAAGGGAAAGCUCCCCAUCUACUCCUCACCUGGCGAGCCAAUCAAGCUAGUCGAAACGCACACCGCCCUCGAAUCACACGUCGGUUCCGCUCGCCGGGCCGUCGUGGCCUCUACAGAGUCGCUGCGCAACAGCGUCCAUUCGACGGUGCAGAGCUGGAUCGGCGUCGAGCAGCGCGUGGAGCGUCGCGUCCUGGAUAUCCUGCCUCGCGAUGAGCCCCUGACUCCCGGAAUACUCUACGUCGGUGUAGCCACUUUGGCCGGGAGCGUCUUUGGGAGAUAUCGAACCCUCCCAAUCCGUCUGGUCUCUCCUCCCCUCUUCCUCUUUGCGUCCCUCAACUAUUUCCUCCCACACACGGCGCACAAUCUCUCCCUCUAUUACCAGGAGCUCGAGGCGCGACACCUCCCCUCGGCAGUGAAGGAGCAACGCGAGUCCUUCGUUGGCUCGAUGCGCGGUCUUUGGGGCCAAAGCGAGGCCAAGGUCAAGGAGGGUGUGAGGGUGGUGGAGGGUGGGUGGAGCAAGGGGUUGGAGCGGGUAGAGAGGGAGACGGGGUUGCGGGUUGGAGGGGAAAAGGAGGGAAAGGCAGUCUAG